GGGUGGGCGGGCCGCGCCAUGGCGAGGACAGUUGGCAGGGCUCGCGAGCGGCACCUCCACUGGACCAAGAAGGCAUGGAAGGGGGCUCCAGGGAAGUUGCUCCGAUUCGUCGUCGCCCCUGGCGCGCAGAAGCCCGGGGCCGAGCUCAACCGCAGCACCGCCAGCGACCCCUACGCCGUCGCGAACAGAGCGGCCGGCUCCUGGAGGCAGGCGUGGACCGCCAACGCCUGCGAUGAUCGGCAGAUCAUCUGGGCGCGCGCCAACGCGACGCGCUUGGCCAGGGAGGACCUCUGCCCCAACGUCGAGCCGCGGUUCCCGCCCGUCGCGGCGGCGCCAGAGGCGCAGCUGCUCCUCGCGCCCAGGCACCUCCGCGCGCGCGGCUGGGUGAGCGACAUCAUCGGCCCGCGGCGCUCCAUGUUCGCUGGAAGCAGGCGCGGCGGGAAGCCAGCGAAGGUCUGCUUGGGCUUCGUCCUCGCCGCGGCCCACAUCAAUUGCGCUAGCGCGGGCAUUUGGUCCUUCGUCGACGACGCCGCCGCCGGGGCCGAGGGCGCAUCCGAGCGGGUCGCCGUGGACUUGACAGGCGUGGACAUCAUCCUCUGCAAGGGCAUGACGGCGACGGACCUAAAGGUUUCGCCCAAGACGGCGGUCCUCGCGCCCAGCCCAGCGGUUGCGCUGGCAGCCCACGUGGGCCGCCAGGCCGAGGGCUGCACCAGCAUGGUCGCCAACUCAUCAGCCGACCUGGGCAUCGACGCGGCAGCGGCGAACAGGGGGGUGGCCAAGGCCUACAAGCGCGCGGAUAUGGCGAAGCGCGGGGCCGACCGCAUCGUCGCCAAGAUGCGCAUGCACGCCUCCCUCGCCAAGGGCCUCUGGGCGACGGGCUCCAGGCCGCAGGCCAUCUGCGGCCGCCAGAUCACGAGCCUCGCCCCGAGCGCACGCACCGAUCGACGGCGACGAGCUCCAUGGGCGAUAGCGGGCAAGGUCCCGGGCAGGCGCCUCGCCGCGGCGCCCGCCGCUGCCCUCGGCGCCAAGAGCCCCGGCAUCAAGCUCCGCGAGCAGACCGUCGAGGAGUGGCCCCACGUCUGGUUCGCCAACCCCGCUAGACAUCAGCGGAUCACCCAGGUGCGGGGGCUACUCUACCGGGCGACCGCCAGCUACGGCAACGGGAAGUGGCGCAAGGUUGCGGGGCCCAUCUUCGCCUCGCAGGGUGAGCCAGCGGAGCAGAUGCGGACCCUGCCGCGCGCAGACUGCGUCGACCGGGGCGAGAGGCGCCGCGAUUUCGACCCGCCGCAGUUCGUCCGCGAGUUUUGGCCCCGGGGCGACGCUGCCAAGCACCCCCGCGGUGGCGGCCUACAGCGCAGCGGCCCAGACGCGCGCGUCAUCGCCCGCGAAGCGCAUGGGUUCACCGACAAGGGCCAGUUCGCCCGGCGGUUCCUCGACCUGCGCGCGGUUGCGGGAGCGCAGCGGCCACUGAGGCCUGUCGAGGCCCGGUGCCGGGCGGGCGCGGCGCGCCCGAGAUGCGGAGCCGACGCCGAGACGCCCAUGCACAG